UUUGAGCAGGUGAAAGUCAUCUUUGUGCGUCAAACUAAUAAAUUAUUCGUUUACUCAUAUUCGUGAUAAACACGAUCAAAUUAUUGAUAUCUAUCGAAACUAUGCAGAAAGAAUCAAGCCUGAAAGCCUGUAAAAUCCUGAGCUAAGAGUGAAAAUCUUGUUUUUGGAUAAAACGCAUUGGUAGUGGAUAUAGUUAUGCGGUGUCGUAUUUUACGACACAGCUGUUGAGUCAUACGCACUCAAAGUUGGAAACUUUCGAUCGACUGAAAACUUUCAAGUCGUCAAACACCGAAUUAAACAGCGCCAAAAGUCAUAAGGAUUUAAAAGAAAACGCGUGUCUUCGCUUUUCGACGUGGGAAUCGCCUUCUUUGUUGCUAUUUCAGCUUUUUACUCAAAUUGAAAAAGAGUCGGACAUCUUUAACAUGUGUGCACAUCAAGAAGCUUCCAGCGAUCUUCACACGGCACUACGCAACAGAUGCACAGAGACUGUAGUAACGGAGAGUUCAAUCACCGGCUGCUUGAUUAUAGCGGGAUUUCUAUCCGGUUUAAUUGUGUGCUCAGCGAUCUACAGAAAUGUAAGAUUGCGGUACACCAUUCACAUAUAUAUUUUAUCGUAUGCAAUUAUCGAUUUGGUGACAUCGCUUCUCGUUAUGCCAUUCACACUCGGCGCUCUUAUCAAAGGCGAAUGGGUCUCUUCCGAGUCCGCUUGCCAGUUUCAAGGCUAUGCUAUCUCGGUACUAGGCAUUUUCACUGUCCUUACCAUGACUCUGACCGCUUUUGACAGAUAUAUGGCCAGUUCACGCCUAAGUCGAUAUUGGACAUUCUUCAAACAAAGGCACAUCUGUUUUGUCCUUGCCGUUUUCUGGCUUUUUUCCUCCGCAAUUCCAUUAUCCUCUACCUUGGAUCGCAACGACUUUGUUUUUCACCCCGGUUAUGGCGUUUGUAGAACCGAAGCCAAA